UGAUCAAGUGAUUAAACCAGCGUGCUAUCUUGAUAGUGAUGAGUACCAGAGACGCAACAGAUGACCGCUAUAUUGACGAUUCUAUCCGAACGUGCAAAAAACCACCUUACAAGGUAAAGUCUCCAUCAUAUGUCAACAUAUCUAGAUCUAUAAAUGGUUAUACAUCAUCCUUAACACAGUACGAUAGCAAGAAACGUGAGAGUCGCUCUAGGGAUUGUAGUCCUAUCAAUGUACGUACAGCUAAUAGUAACAUGGAAGACCAAAAUAUUAUGACGAAAUGUUCAAUUACUGAUACAGUUGAUUAUAGGACUGAAUCAGCCAACUCAGUAGUUAUAAAUACAAUUCAAAGACUUUACGGUUCUAGUGUUAAAGUGUCACCUAAGGAAAAAAGAUUGAACAACAUUCCUAAAUCAACUGUAAUACAUAGAGAACAUACACCUGACAGACAUGAUUUGCCCGUCUUGAAAUUGCUCAACCCCCAAUUUCGGGCAAAAUUAGUAAUAAAUCAUAAUACACCACCCCCAAAAAUAAAACCUUCACAAAUCACAAAUGGUAGUGAUAUAGAAGUUAAUGGCGGCCACUACUUCAUUAAAUUAGUUAACUUAGAAUGUGAUGCAAUAAGAAAAUUAAUAUCACAGGUAGAAUGCUUGUUACCAACUGCUCCUGAAAAUGGCCAGGCUCGUAUUCAAGCUAUCGUUGGUAAAUCAAAUCUGUUAAUGUCCAAAAAAAUUCAACAAUUCCUCGGUUUAUGUGAGAGUAAUAUAUCCUGUCCACUCAAUGAUGUAUCCAGACCCAAAAACAAUGAUUUAGAAGGGUUUUGGGAUAUGGUCAAAAUACAAGUCGAACAGGUGAAAACUGAAAUGCGAGAAAUUAUUGAUAUAAGUAAUAAAGGUUGGCCUGAUGAUGAAGACCAAAACAAAGAAAAACCUAUCAAAACUAUUAAAGUAAAAACGAAACCAAAAAAACCAGUGGUUUUAAAUUCAAAAUAUGAUGCUGCUAGAAGAAAAGCCAUUGAAGAACAACGCAAGGCAAUGAAAAACUUAAAAAGUGAUGAUAUUAUAUUUUUUUAAUUAUAAGUAUGUAAAGAUUAUACUGUAAUAUUAUGUGUUAAUGAGUAUUAUAAUAUUUAAUUAGUAAUUGUUUAACUUUUUAAUUUAUAUAUUUUGUAUAGUAUGUCACUUGCAUUAUUGUAAAAACAUUGUUUUAAAUUUUUAAACAAAUUUUAUCAAAAUUUAAAACAAAUUGUUAAUACAUUAUGAUUAUUUAUGUUGAUUGAGUAUUUUUAACUUUAAUAAACAAGUGCACUUAUAGUUAAUAUACAUUUUGUAUUACCAAACAUAGAAUAAGAUAUAACAAAUAAGACAAAUUUUAAAAUUAAAAUUGUAUAUGAACAAAAUAACUAAAAUUGAAUUAAUUAAAACGUUUUUUAUUUUUAUUAUUUAUAA